AUGUCAAACAACACCGGCUAUGUCGUCAAAAUUUUGGAAAACACUCCUCCAGUGAGCGAUGAGCACGCUAUACGAGCCCUUAAAGAGCAGAAUCAGGAAGCGGACCAGCAGACACGUCCCCAGGUGAAACAAAGCCCAAAUCCUCAAUGCCAGGCAGACCCGAGCGGGAAUGAGUAUGGGUCAUCACAUCCUGAUGGGACAAAGAGUCAGUUCGAUGGUAUCAUUGCCCACGACAAUACAUCCUCGACCCAAAAGGCAACUCACAAUCACGACCACGUAAUGCCAGGGGAUCACAUUGAUGACACCACCCUUCAAACGAUGAUGCAAACCCUAAAAGAGAGCUCCUAUGCUCCGGGGGGUGUUGCAAAUGGCCAGAAUAAUCUACUUGUGAUCGAUGGGAGGCACAAUCUCUCUGAAACCAUAUCAGGCGACCAGGUCCAUGACAAUGCUGCUCCAACUAUGAUGCAGGCACUACAUGACAAGACAUGUGAGCUUGUUGGCGGUUCUAGUGGCCAGCCAGCGUCCCAGGCUAAUGAAAGGCACGACCAUAUCGAAACCCCACCAUGCGUUAACCAUCAUAGUAAUGCUUCUCCGACGAUGCUGGCUACAUUACAAGAUCAAGCAUAUGCCUUGGUGGGCGCAUCAAGUAGACUGACCGAACCACAAGUUCACCAGAACCUCAAUCACCAAAAUAACCUCCCAGGCAUCCACGUCCAUGACAACAACAACCCUACUUUGGUGGCUACCUUGCACGACCAGCCCUAUGCACUGGUUGAAGGCGCGGUAGAGGCCUUGAGGAAGGACUUCAAUGCAGACAGCCACGAACUAGCUUCCAAGGCACCAGGAGUCCGAGGUGCUAUUCAGACAGGGUAUCAUAGUGGCAGCAAUGCCGAAGUCCCGAGAGACAUUGGUUGGCAUAAAGCUGACGUAGAGAUACCCGAUCCGUUGAUUGGUGGUUACACGAACGGAGAGCUUUUUGCAUUCAUCAGACGCUUCAACAAGGAUGUCUUCGAUGUCAAAGCGAUGCCUAUAGAAGCUGCAAGUGGUCUAGACCUCAACGAUGCAUGGUCUCCAGAUCACACCGGGGAUAAAGUGGCUUUGCACUUACAACGAGUUUAUUUGUCCGUGGUUCUCGGCAUGGCAAGCCUUGGAAAACAAAUCUCACGACUCCGUUCCUGGAAGGAGACUUGCCGUACAUCAAUAUUCUGUGGGAUAUAUUUCACUGCAUGGCUGUUUGAUAUGUUAAUGCCGCUUGCUCUGGGACUUUUGACUCUGGUGGUGUCUUCAGUGCAAGCCCGCAACGCAAUCUUCCCGCCAGCACCCCGUGCUCUGGUGAACAUCAGGACAGGCGGGAUUCAGAAGCCGCAAGCUGGUCUGCUAGGUACUAAUGAUACACUCACUGGUGCUCCGGAAAAGCAACCGCGUGAAGCUAUUGAAGAAGAAGCAGCCAAUUUCGUCGACAAUGUUCGACACAAUUUUCAAAGGGCUGUUGGUAUGCACAACAGCCAACAGCAAGAUGGAGAUGGAGAUCCACUGGAAGGGAAGGUACCCAAACCUAUCAGCAAAGCAGUUAAAGCCGUCCAAUCUGCAGGUUCUGCACCAGGGCAUGUUACUAAGAGUACCGAUCAAACUCAACAGCCGAUGGAAGAAAUUAUAUGGGCUGGAGUCAACCCAGAAAGUGUUGCUAAAGUUCUUGACAUUGCACCACAUGUGAUCGGGGAGUUAGCUGAUAAUUGGGAAAGAUGUGCGAACGCACUUUCACCAACUCCGCCAUUUUCUCGUUUUGCAUUCUUCAGAAUAGUGGCCGUUCUUGCCCCUUUAUUCCUCGUAUCCCUUUUCGUCGACUAUUAUAUGGUUUACAAGGGGACUGGGUCGUGGCUGAAACGAAACGUGCCUAAUUACAUGGAGCUUGCACAGCCGAAGAACAAUGUCCUUCGCGGUGUUCCUACAAACACCCAGAUCGCGAUAACUCUUCUCCGCAUCGGCGAAGCACACAGAACGCCUCUUCCACCUGUACCCACCUCCAAGCCCGAUGACCCGGAUCAUCAAAAUCCCAUUGACGCCGAGAACAUACCUCUCGGUGCCACCCGUUCCGAUGUCCUUAAGGCGACCAUGCCUUCAGUCGUUGAGAAAGCCCACGGCAAUGACAAUAAAGAAAAGCCGAAUCACAAACAUCUUUCCAAGAUAGUUCGUUUUUUCAAAGGCGAUGCCAAAUCUGUCGUCGAGACGAAACUUGCCAUUGAUCAUGUCCGGGCCGCAACUGGUUCGCAGAAGGCGAAAGGUCACUUAGGCGUAUUGCCUAAGGCAAAAAACAUCAUCUAUGCUGGGCCGAGCGAAUACCAGUGUCGAUUUGACGGAAAAGAUGGCUGGGCAGUUAUUACAGAGUCUGCCAGACCAAGCCUGCUAUUCACGCGCGAUGACCCAAGGCUGAUGAGCUUUAAAAAGUCGGAUCCAGUAUUUGAAAUUGCCGUGAGUGAUAUGAAGCGACUGAAAAGGGCCACAGCCUUUGUGAAUUCGACAAUUGAGGCAGUAACCGCGUUUUCGUCGGACCAGAAGUUGCUGGCAAGCCUAGAGAUUGAGGAUAAGGACGAGAAAACUUGGAGAUUGACAGCGAUGCCAGAGCGAGAUGAGUUAUUCAAUCGCUUGGUCGCGAGCGGUAAUCAGAGAUGGGAGAAGAUGUGA